AUGUCAUUCGCCGGUUUCCUUGAUAUAGCUCGAAAGGAUGUGGAUAUUCCCAAAACUGCACCCAACGAAUUUCUGGCAGUUCUUCAUCUCAAGUUCAUCACAAGAUAUGAAAAAGAUAAGGAUUCGUACGAGUACAUCAUGGCUGAGCCGCUGCGACUUAGUGGUAUUUACUGGUGCGUCUCUGCUGCCUCAUAUUCAGUUCAGCCAAAUGCAUUAAGUCGCGAUGAGAUCGUUCAAUAUACCAGGGAGUGUCAGCGGGCUGACGGUGGUUUUGCACCCGCGGCACACCAUGACAGUCAUCUGCUUCAUACACUAAGUGCCGUACAGAUUUUAACUAUGUAUGAUGCACUGGAUGGGUUUGAUCUGGACUCGAUUGCAGAGUAUGUGCGACGUCUACAGAAUGAAGAUGGAAGCUUUGGUGGUGAUAUAUCAAAUGAGGUGGACACACGGUUUUCUUUUUGUGCCGUUGCGACUUUAUAUCUUAUUGAUAAACUACACGUAAUCAACGUCGAUAGAGCUGUUGAUUUCGUAUUAAGCUGCUAUAAUUUCGAUGGUGGUUUUGGAACUCGACCAGGAUCGGAAAGUCAUGCAGGACAAGUUUAUUGUUGUCUCGGAACAUUAUGCAUUACGAGGCGUCUCGAGUCAAUUGACAGAGAUCGAACUGCUGGAUGGCUUGCUCAGCGACAGUGUGCAAGUGGUGGAUUGAAUGGUCGGCCUGAAAAAUUACCAGAUGUUUGUUAUUCGUGGUGGGUACUUGCGUCAUUGGCAAUAUUGAGACGAUUACACUGGGUUGAUAAGAAUGCCUUGGUGAGGUUUAUCUACGCUUGUCAAGACAACGAGACAGGAGGAUUUGCUGACCGACCGGGGGACUGUCCGGAUCCUUUCCACACAUUGUUUGGUAUCGCGGGAUUGUCACUGCUUGAUGUUGGAAAUCUGCAGCCAGUAGACGCUGUGUUGUGCAUGCCUAAGUAUACGCUCAAAGAAAAAGUGACUGUGUUUUGA